AUGAAAUCGGAGAAACCUCAAGCUGAUGGAGAGACACAAGAAGGUGAAAAUCAGACCGAGACGGUAGAGGAAACAGCUACAGAUGAAAAACAAGACGAUGCAGAGAAAGAUAAUACGGAAAAUCAAGAAAUCUUAGACAUUGAUAUGGAUGAUCCCGAGUUAAACAAAGCUGCAAUCAAAAUUCAAGCCAGCUUCCGAGGUCAUGCUUCAAGGAAAGAUAUGCAAAAAAAAGCAGAAUCACAAGCAGAUCUAAAACCCGAAGAAAGUAAAGAAGAAGAUAUUGAUAUCGAUUUAAAUGAUCCCGAAGUCAGUAAAGCUGCUAUUAAAAUACAAGCUACGUUUCGAGGCCAUGCUGCCCGAAAGAAUCAACAGUCUUCACGAACAGACGAAGAAAACAAUGAAUAA